AGAAAACAAAAUUCCACAGUUCUUGGCGACUAUCAGCAGCAGCAGCAGCAGCUCCAGAGCCUGUGAUGGUCCUCUGAAUCCGGUGUUAGAUUUGGGUUAUCUUUGCUCUUCGAUUGAGAUAUUCAUUCUUGAUUAUGGAUUUUGACUCGGAUGAUGCUGGUUGCCUAAAAUCGGAUGGAACCAAUUAUCUAUUAUGGUCAUAUAUGAUGCGCAAUUUCGAGUUGGAAGGAGAAUUAUGGGACCAUGUCAGUGGGUCAGUGACUCGUCCUCACCCCAAAGAUAAGAGUUAUGCCAAUUUGCUAAAGCAAUGGGAGUCUAUGAAUGCAACAGCUCUGUCAAUUAUCGAAAUGUAUGUUGAUCAUUCCCUUCGAAAACAUUUGGCGAAAUAUAAUUCUGCCAAGAGUGCAUGGGACUACUUGGCCAGGUUAUAUGCCCAUGAUGAUGAGUCCAAUUUUGCUAAAAAGUAUCGGCUUGAGAUGGAGAUUCAGGCUGUAAAACAAAGCGGUUUCCCCAUAACAGGACUAUAUUGUUUCAUGCAAUGUUAUUGGCAGCAAUUAGCUGAGAUGGAGCCAAAGGAAUUGAGUGAUUUAGAGAGCUACAAUAAGUACCGUGAGGAGUCUCGGUUACUGCAGCUUCUCUUAGCUUUACCAGAUGAAUUUGAGCCUACUAGAAAGCAUAUACUUCAACGUUCCACUCUUCCCAGUGUUUCUGAAGCUAUGCGAGAGUUGUUAGUUGUGGAGCAUAGACUAAUUAAGGCUCAAUUGUCAUCUCUAUCAUUUGAGGACAGCGAUAAGAGCGAGACAGGAAGAGAUGAAUGUCUUUAUUGCUAUGGAACUGGGUGCCAGAAGCUGGAUUGUCCCGCCAAGAAGAAGAAUGAUCAGACAAAGAGAACGGGUGGAAGUAGUAAGGAUUCUCAUCAAUCUGGUGGGUGUCAGCCAUCUAUCAAGAAGCCUAUGCAGUGCCCAGACAAAAAAUCUCAGCCAUCUUCCUCCUCAUCUAAAUCUGCAUCAUCUUUGACCCCAGAUAACAAUCAAACUGCUCUCUCUAUUGACCAGUAUCAAUACAUGAUUAACAUAACGAAUCAAGUGGAGUCUGAUCUUUUUGGUAGAUCUCCACUAGAGAGUGGGACGUAUCUGCCUCCUUCCAGAAAAGCUUCGAUGACUUGGCCAGGUGAUAGAGGUGCCCUUUUGCAGAGGCCGCUUCCAUCUCGAGACCCUUUCCCUGCAGUGAAGGAGGCUGUUCCGGGGAGGAGUCUUAUCCGGCGAGGCUUUCUCAACCCCCAGCCCCCACCGGUUGCUUUGGGCUUGCGUAAGGAAGGUGACUUCAAUCUGACAGGGGACACUGGUUUGGUUAUGGCUUUGAGUACAACACUGAAAAUUCUAAGUUAUAACGUCUGGUUUGGAGAUGUGGAGAGAGAUAAGAGGAUGGAGGCUCUGGGUGACAUUAUUCAAUUGCAUGCUCCAGAUGUCAUUUGUUUCCAGGAGGUUACACCCUAUAUAUAUGACAUUUUUAGGCAAUCAAGUUGGUGGAAGGCAUAUAAUUGCUCAAUUUCAGAUGAAAUGGCUGUUACACGACCAUAUUUCUGCAUGCAGUUGAGUAAACUUCCAGUAAAAUCCUUCAGCCUCAAAAUGUUCAGCAAUUCUAUAAUGCUGAGAGAACUGUGCAUGGCAGAGAUUGAAGUAGGGGGAAAACCGCUGAUUGUAGCCACAAGUCAUCUUGAGAGCCCCUGCCCUGCCCCUCCUAAAUGGGAUCAGAUGUACAGUGAAGAACGCGUGGCACAGGCAAAGCAGGCGCUUAACCUUCUUGAGAAAUAUCCAAACAUUGUUUUUGGUGGUGACAUGAAUUGGGAUGACAAUUUGGAUGGGCAGUUUCCUUUAUCUGAUGGAUGGCUUGAUGCCUGGGCAGAGUUAAGGCCCGGGGAAAAUGGAUGGACAUAUGAUACCGGUUCCAAUUUGAUGUUGUCUGCUAACCGGCCUUUGCAAAAGCGGUUAGAUCGAUUCAUUUGCAAUUUGCAUGAUUUCAAAUUAAGUGCAAUCGACAUGAUAGGAAUGGAACCUAUACCAGGACUAUCAUAUUGCAAGGAAAAGAGGGUAAGAAAUAGGGUCCAGAGGUUGAUGCUCCCUGUGUUGCCUAGUGAUCAUUAUGGCUUGCUCUUGAAGGUUAAUAGCCAGUAAAUCAUUGGUUUGGCAUGAUAACUGGUUCAAGAGAAGUUACUGCUGUUUCUGCAAUCCUGUGAUGCUGUUGCAUUGUUGUGUGCUGCUUUUGUAAUAUUCCGUUUCUAUGUUAUGUUAUGUAAUGUAACUGCUAUGUUAUGUAACUACACUCUGCAUUUUGUUGGUAUGGUUUAUAUCAUGGAAGACUUUAUUAUUAAUGUUGU